UCCUAGUAUUAGGAUUUUUGAGUCCUUUUUCUGAGUACUAAUCCUACUGAGACUUGGAGUGUGUGUGCCGGUGCUGUUCGUGCAGCCAGCUUCAGGAGGACAUGAGUAAGCCUCGGAGUGAGCUGAGUGAGAAGGAGAGGGAGCUACUGAAGAUCCGCAGGGUGAGCGGAGCCAAAGCCUCACAGCUGGCUCAGAUGGAGAAAAUGCUCCAGGAGACCAAAAGUAUGAUAGACAAAAAGACUGAGAUGGGUGCAGAAGGAAACCCCUUUGAGGACAACAUGGUGUCUGAGUUGGAGGAGAAGGUGCAGCGCAGUAAGCGAGAGCGGCGUAACUCUCUGCACAGGACACAGCUGCUGGAAAGUCAAAUGAAGACAGUGCGUGGUGAGCUGGUGGACACUCUGGACCACCUGCAGGUGCUUAGAGAUGUCCUGCGCCGCUCACAGCAGAAAGCAGAAGAGCGCCAAGCAGCCAUGGAGAAACUGAAUGCUGAGCUUAGGUGA